AUGCCGGUGUCGAGGGGCGACGCGCUGAACUACUGCGAGGUGGUCGGCGUCGAGCUGCGGGGCGCCGAGCUGGUGGUGGCCGCCUCGGUCGUCGGCGUGCUGCAGCCCGCCUCGUGGGCGAGGGUCACCACCCUCGGCCAAGCAGGCCUCCAGUUGCCGGGCCGCGCGGCGGCUGGAGAGCCGGCGGGCGGCGCGCCGGGGACGGACGAGGACGAAACCGCCCUGCGGCUGGCCUUCGACUGCCCCGCGGAGCUGCAGAGGGCCGAGGACGUGCUCUUCUGCUACGCCCCGGGCUACAGCACCGUCUCGAUCCUCGAUUCCAUUCUCGGCUCGCUGCUGGACGACCUGCUGUCGGACUGCGGCAGUCCGGGCACAGCCCCCGCCGCGCCCGAGCCCACGGCGCCCGCCCGCGCAGUGCAGGAGGCGUGCCAGGCGGUGGCCUGGGCGAUCGCCCGGGCCAGCUCCCGGGGCCCCGCGGCGCGGCCAGCGCUGGAGCCGGCCGCGGACAGCGCCAGGGACAGCGAGGGCUCUAGCAAGCGGGAGGACGGCUUCACCCAGAGGAGGUCUUCGUCUGGCUCUGGGCUUCUACGUCCACAGCAUCAGCCUUCGGGUGCAGCGCUGGCCCGCGCCGAGGCGUUGUGCGCGGCAGUGGAGGGCGGCCACGGCAAGCUCGCCGCCGCGCUCGACACCCGGGCCCGCUGCCUGCGCGCCCUGCGUGGCUGCUGGCCCGCCGGUGACGCCGCGGCGCUGGCCGCGCAGCUCGGGCCGGACGACGGGGUUCACGCCCUGUCGGCCAUGCGGUUCGUGCUGGCGGUGCUGGAGCUGGCAUGGCCCUCGGUCUCCAAGGGCCUGCGGGAUGUGGCCACCCCGCGGGCGGAGCUGGACGCGUGCCAGGGCGUCGUCGCCAGGCUGAGCGCGUUGUUCGCAGUGGUCAAGAGCUUGACGAGGUCGGUGCGCGUCUCCAGGGCCAACGGGCCACUCCCGUCGGUGUGCAAGCAGCUGCGGAGCGCGCUGGAAAGCGCCUUGGCGGCCGAGGGCCGCGUCCCUGGGCGCGCACCGCCCGCAGCGCAGCCGAAGGCCGUGCCCGCCGGCGGCACCCGCCUACGCUGCGGCCAGCGCGACCCCGCGGCGCGGCUCCCCGCCGCGCGAAGCGCGGCCGCGGCCGCGCGCGAGCGCCCGGCCGCCGAGACGGAGCUCUGGCUGCACGGCAGCGGUGCCGCGGCCGGCGGAGAGCGGGGCGGCGGCCGGGCCAACAUGGCGGCAGAGGCCGCGUUGGGCUCGGCAGCUCCGAAGGCGUUUUUCUGCCUGCUGAUCGCCAACCUCCAGUGCUGGGCGGCUUGGCUAGCAGUGCCAUUGGAGGAGCAGCUAACGGAACUAAGGGCGGUGGCAAAGGUUGGCGGGGGCAAGGGAGGCCUGGCGGUGCCCUUGGCGGCCGGCGCGGUGCCACAGCUCUCCCUUCAAGAUGCCACUCAACUCGCAGAGCUGUCACGAAAGGCUGGCGACCUGGCUAGCGCAGAGAAGUACGGCCAGCUCGCGCGCAAGCUACACGACGAGGCUCAUCCAGCGCAGAAGCGCCAGCAGGACCUCGACAACCAGUAUCGGUACAUCGAGCUACUGCGUCAGAAGCUCCAGGAGGCUGACGAUACCUACAAAGCAACCUCGACGAGCUCCAGCUGUCGUGCGCUGUCGGACAUGGUGGACCCGAGCUUCGAUUUGGGCAAGAUCAUCGAGCUUGACGGGCCGGUUGCGGACGCCAGCUUGGAGAGCGAGAUGGCUCCCGAGGACCUCAAGGAGAUCGAGGACCGGCGCGGCCAGCUCGGCGAGGCUGUCCAAAAGUUGGCCGAGGAAUUGCUCGGCCCGCUGGCGGGACAGGCCCGGCCCGAAAAGGGGCCUCACAAGGCCCACAUGCAGCGCCUGGCCGCCAGGAGGCGCCGCGCUGGCGCUCCUCAGCACGGCGCUGCUGCUGCAGCGGAGGUUUCUGCUGCGGGGGGGAAGGGCGCGUUAGAAUGA